AUGGCCCAAGAUCAGACUGAACAUGAAGCGAGGGACGAUGAGCCCACCAUCUCACCCGUCGAGUCUAGCAACCAUCCAAUACACUCAACUCGCGAUAAUGCCACAGCCCCGACACCGGCAACGAGUUCAAGUCAACCACAACAGGCUGACAUGGAUGAUGGAGAGGCGGCGCCACCGCUUCCAAAGCGCCCAGCCAGAGCCGUGGACCAACAACAACCUCUACCACCGCCGCACCACCAACACCAGCAACAGCAUCAAAUGCCUUACGCUCCCUACCCAUACCCCCCUCAGCAGCAGCAGCAACCAUACCCCUAUGCGCAACCGAUGCGACCUCUUCCACGCAUGAGCCAGCCUUACAUCGCCACCAAGCUAGGCCUCACCGUCCUAUCCUCCGUCGUCGCUAUCAUCAUCAUCGCCCUGGCCAGCACUUUCCUCUCCGAGAACGGAGACGCGAAUGCCAUAUCAUACUACGCCUUUCCCAUCGCCGCCGCCGCCAUCAUCUGGAACACGGCCGAACUGAUCACGUACUGCGUCCGCCUGCGCAAGCAUGCGCAACGGGGCAUCCACCCGGGAGCCCACGUCGGGCUGCACCUCUGCUUCUGGAUCGCCUGCGUAUUCGCCGUCCUCCUGACCGUCAGCAUCUACUACUCGGAGAACUCCACUAUCCAAGACUGCGAGAAUCCCUCAGAUGACGAGGACGGUGGUGGCUACUACGGUAGUAGCUACCACCGCUCCUCCUACAGCAGCUAUUGCGAUGAGUACCAGCCCGCGGACUACUACAAGUGGAUCUACCUCCCGACGCUGCGCGCCCUGAUCGCCAUGUUCGCCCUCGCAACCAUCAUCCACUUCGUGCUCUUCGUGCUUGCCUGCAUCGACACCCACAAGCGUAAUCUGCUGAAGCACGCCGGCGUCGCCAUGCCGUACCCGACUGCCGCUGCUCCCGCCCCGGGCAUGUACUACGCUGCAGCGCCGCCACCCGGGAUGGUCCCCAUGCAGUACUACCAGUACGCGCCCAUGCCGCCUCCACAACAAGCGCACAUGGCUCCCGGCUCUGCGCCUGCACCUGGAGCGCCGGCCCCCCAGCCGCAAGACCCCAAGGGCAAGGAGACGGCGCAGAGCUACCAGAACCUCGCCGGGUUCUACGCCCCGGCGCCAGUACCCGCUCCGGUAUCUCCUGCGACCAGACAGAUGGAGCAGCGCUCGGCGCCGGGGCAGGCGAGCUCGAGUGACGAGAAGGUCACGCCGGCCGAGCCCGCGCAAACUGCGGGACCUGCGUGA